AUGGUGGGUCAUUUUACAAUCUUCGACAUCACCAACUCGCAAAUCAAUAAACAUACGAUGGUGGUGAUGACUUCUUUUGGCUCCCUGACCAGCAGCAACAUACACCAUCAAGCUCAUGCUGCAAAUCCUGGAUGCAACCACCACUUGGUGUUGCGAGUUAAGAGAAACGGUGGAGGAGCCACUGUUGAAGUGGUGGCGAUGCGACAGGAACGAAGAGGCGGUGAGGGUGUGCAACUUCCACUGGAAACCACCACCACGACACCCGACAACGAGUUACGGGGGUUACCCACUACCACGGUGUCUAAUGGCAGCCUUGGCCUUCAGCGGAGGUUGAAGCAGUGGAGAAGCUCAAUGGAGGCUGCGACUUUGACAACAGGAGGGAUAAUAGUGCUCUUCUCUGGCGGCUAG